AUGCACCACAACAACAAGUACCUCUCUCUUCGACGUAUACCUCUCAAUACUAAGUACCUCUCCAUUCGACGCACACCAUCUGCUAACCAUGCAGCCAAGUGUCUCUCCUUCGACGUACCCCACAAAACGCUCUCAGCAACUAGCUUCGCGGAGCCAAAGCUCUCAGAGCUCGUUCCCACCCUUACCGGCGAAUCCAACUUCGCAUCGUGGUCCACAGCACUCAAAUACGCUCUCGACACUCGAGACCCUUACCUUUUCGAAAUCCCUACUGGCCACAUACCUCAACCAGGUUCUGAGGACCCCAGUCUUAUAGACAACAAGCCAAAGCACUUCUACACUUUCCACCAACGAAAGGCCGGUCAGACUUUAGAGGAGUGCUUCCAGAACCCCGCUAACGCUAAGCUAAGUCUGCUAACGCGGUCACUACCACUAAAAGCCUACCACAGCCAAUGCUCUUCUUAG